AUGGCGCAGGGGGGGGUGGCCGCGGCGGAGCCCCGCAUGCCCCCGUCGGCGGUCUUUAGACCCCCGUCUCUGAAGAGGGAGCAGUCUGUCGGAGGGAUACCGAUCUACACUGGCGACGAUAUCAUAAUCAAGCAGCAGACUAAGAGCCCAAACAGGAGCCAUUGGUUCGGACCCGCCGAGUUCCAGAUUCAAGGCAUCACGUGGACGCUGGAUGAGUUUGCAGGCGGUGGGGCGGACGGUCAGGCGUAUCUGACGACGCACAAGUCAAGCGGAGACAGAUUCGUCGCAAAGUUCUGCCGGAAGAAGGAUUCGACGGAGGUGAAGUUUGUAAUGGACAUGCCCCACGAGUUAGUCGUACACGAGAAUUUCGUCAGGCGAGUGUUGGCGGGAAAAGUGGCCAGGCUGCCGGUGCGCGACCACAAGCCUUGCCAUGACAUCCUGUUUAUGGAGCACAUCCCGAACGGCGAGCUGUUCGACCUCCUGGCCUCGGAGGAGCCGUCGGUGAAGGGCAAGCCCGUGAGCGCGGGCACGUCCAGGCGGUUCCUGCGAGACGUCAUCAGCGGCAUGGCGGAGUGCUACCGAGUGCUGACGCUCUGCAUCGCCGCGCAUGCCAAGCUCUGCAAGGCGGUCGCGGCCCAGCACGCGUUGUUCGGCCUCACCGACGCGAAGAGGCAGAUGACGCACCAGCCCAUGAUGACCCUGCUCGUGCUGCUGCCGCCGAGGGCCGCCAUCCUCCGCGACACCAUUCCGUUCUUCUGCAUGUGCAACCCGUUUAUGAAUCCGAAGUCCGCCGCCCGGAGGGUGGCCUUCCUGACCUCCUGCAAGCUGUUCCCGCUCCUGACGCUCGCGCUGACACUACCGCCGGCGCUGAUGGUGUUCUGCAUUCCCGACCCGUUCAACGAUCCGAAAUCCGCCGACCUGCUAGUGGCCUGCAUGACCUACUUCUCGACGCUCUCCCUGCUGGUGCUGGAGACGCUCCUGCUGACGUCGCUGGAGACGGCGCCCCUGAUAGCGCUCUGCAUGAAGCUGCCGCUGCUGAAUCCCGUCCCCGUGCUGUCGGUGUGGCUCUUGCUGCCCUACGCCCCCUUGCCCUUCGUCCGCUGCUUCGGCGCGUGGUACGACCUCGUGUUCGAGACUACCCUGUCCACGGAGAGCGACCAGUCCGUCGGGGCGCCGUCCACAGGCCCAGAGUGCAACACGGAAUGCCCUAUGACGGGCCCUCCGAGUCCAAGGUUGCUGGGACUGGAGAGCCUGACUAUCCAGAGGAGACUCUGCAUGAUGUUGCUCGUGCCGCCCCACAGCCAGGAGUGGUUGUCGCUGCUCGUCCCGUCCGUCCCCCAGAAGAGCUGCAUGAUGUGGCUCGUGCCGUCCUGCCGCCUGGAGUGGCUGACGUGGCUCGUCUCGACCAUCCCGAAGCAGCUCUGCUUCCUGCUCGUGCCGUUCCGCCGCCUGGAGUGGCUAGCGCUGCACACCACGACGACCACGAAGAAGCUCUGCAUGUUGCUGCACGUGCCGUCCCGCCGCCUGGAGUGGCUGCUGCGGCUCGCCCCGACCAUCCCCACGGAGUGGCGCAUGAUGAUGCUCGUGCCGCUUUGCCGCCUCGUGUGGCUUUUGCUGCUCGCCAAGCCAUUCCCGAAGAAGCUCUGCAUGCUGAUGCGCGUGCCGUCCCGCCGCUUGGAGUGGCCGACGCGGAUCGUCGUGACCAUCCCGACGACGCCCUGCAUGACAGGCCAGCUCCUGGCAUGCCGUUCCUUCGCCGCUCGGACCUUCUGCAACUACGUGGCUGCAGUACGAAUCUUGCGUGCUGUGUCGAUGUUCUGUUGCAACGUGCUGCUGAGCGCCAGCAUGGUGAUCGUGGAUUCUCGCCGCUCGGAGUGGCGUCUGAGUUGCCUGUGCGCCUGA